CUCCUCCUCCUCCUCGACACUCCUCCACGUCGCGCCGGCAUGGCUCUGCCCUUCGCAGGCCCGCCGCGGGCGGGGCGGGGAGCCAUGGCGUCCCAGACUGCCGCGCCGCCCGGCGGCCGUCGGCAUCCGUUCCGCCACGCGGUGUCGUUGGGCUUGCGUUGCGUGACCGCGAAGGUCUUCCAGGACGCUGGGCUGCGCCGCUACGCGACACCAUUCGACUGGGUAUUCUGCAGCAUGGAGAUGGUGACUCACUGCAUCCAGGACCACUGCGCCGAGCUUCUUCGACGCGAGGCGUACUGGGAGGUGGCCACCAUCGAGGACGUGGUGCGCAGUCCCAACGCCAUCGCCGACCUCACGCCCCGAGGCAUCCACGCGCGGGGCGUGGCGCAGGGCAGGCCCGAGCGGCGCGUCCGCGUGCUGAUCGGCCACUCCGCAUUCUCGCCGAUGCAGCGCGGGGUCGGAAAGGACGUCAUCUUUAACCACUCCAACCCGAUGGAGGCGGAGGGAUACGAGCAGCUGGGCCGCCAGGCGCGGAGGCUGGGCCGCGUGCUGGACCUCCGCGAGGAGCCCAAGCUCUUCGUGAUCGCCAACAUCAACCGGCAGCUGUGGGACCUCGACGGCGUCGUCCAGCUGUUCGAGGCGCUGCGGAGCCGGUCGGCGAAUUUUAUGCUGCUCGCGGUCAACCUCGUCCUGAAUAAGGGCGACGUCGCCCGCGGCAGCGCCGUGGCCGAGCUGCUCCGGCGCUCGGGUCCCGUGGGCGCGGAGCUGCGGGUGAAGGAGAUCCGUCAAGGUCGAACAGUUCGCCCAGAAGCCAGAGCCGACGACGUCAUGGCACGAGCGUGUCUUAAUCACAUGUGGGGUGUUGCCUCCGCCACGGCCAGGGGCCCGGGCAGGACGAUUUUCGACCGGGAUCUUGGUGCGGUAGUGUGUGAUAUUCAAGCCGCAUGAGAGGCCAAGGGUGUCCGCGACUCGGUUUGUUCGGCUGCUUCGCAGUCGGCUACGUUCGCGGUCUGUCGGUUUUGAUAUUCAUGUUCGCUAUCGAUUCAGUCGUUUUUCGGUUCUGCUGCCACGGAGGCCCGAUUAAUAUCACCAUUGCUGAGAUCGAGGCGCAUAUUCAGUCGGUGGAUGCCGCCGCUGGCGUUGGUGUUGAUGCCAGCUUCUAGGGCCUCUGAUCUUCGGGGACGAAGACGACGCGGCGCGGUUCCGCGCGGAGGUCGUCGGCGCCCACCGCUUCGACCUCGCGGCUGGCGACCCCCUCGACCCCCUCGCCCCCGAGGUGGGCCCUGACCGCGGAACCGCCGCGGUGGCCGACCGCACCGCACCCGAAGAACCCGGCGCCGCGCCUCCCGCGGCCGCCGCGCCGGCCAGGCGCCGCU